CGUUCAUUCACUUAUAUUCUGCAUUUGAUUAUCAUCUCAAUUGAUUUGCAGAUAGGAACUAGAAAACAACCAGUUUCUGCAAUCUUUGACUCUAUCUGCCCUGUUCUACGGUCCAUGUCCUAUCCUACUCCAUCGCGCAGUGCAGUUCCAGUUCUAGUUCCAGUUCCGGUCUUUUCGAGCCCUCUACCGUGGUUACGCGACCCCGCGUGAGCAUUACCCGGUUAUACUGAGGGGAGAUCGAAGCGCAUGAUUCGUCCAACGCGGCGACGAUUCCGACUUCGAUAUUCCCACGCUCGCCGAUUUCUUUGUUUCACGCGAGACACGAGACAUACCCACCCACCGCGCUCUCCUUCAACCAACCUAACCUAACACAACCUUUCAAACAAACACCAUCGACUCCUUUCUUUCUAGAGUUCUAUCAACAUGACCAGAACAACCCGACAAGGUCUCGAUAGCAGCCACUCGAGGACCUACCUAACCGCGAGAAACUACCCAGGCCCCCACCUCCUAUCGACCUUCAAACCCGCCAAACGGGAAGAGCCCGCCACAGACGAAGAGCCGCAAAGCUCCACCGACGAGGAAAUCGCAAGCGAUGUCAGCGCGGGGGUAGAAUCAGAUGGCGGAUGGAAGCAGCGGCGGCAGCGGCAGCCGUCGGGGCCGACGCUGGAGGAGAAGCUCGCGGCGACGCGGUCGUCUCGGCGGGGAACGACGGAGUCGAAGUCGACGUCGAAAUCCCCGGGGUCCAGCCGCAAGAGAAGCUCCAGACAGAUAGCCUAUGACGCGCCGGACGAGAACGACGAGGAUAUGAUCUUUUCACAGCAUAGCCAGAAGAAGCGCAAGAGUGUGGGGUAUGGGUCGAAUCGCAAUCGCAGGUCGGAUUGGGGACCGCGGGCGUCGAGCUUCGCGUCGAGGCGGUCGGAGUCGCCUGCGAGUGGGGUGGGGGAGGGUUCAAAAUCCACGGACAAUGGGGCCACAGGGUCGGCGGGCAGCGCGAAGAAAGGACCCGCGUUCAAAGUCCCCAGAGACAUUGCGAGCUCGCCGCCUAAACGGGUCGAGUUCAAGAACCCCCCGAACUUUCCGGUCGACUCGACGUCUAGCUCGUCGUUCGCUGCGUCGUCGGCUCGUGACCCUCCUGUCUUUGACGGUGAUGACGACGACUCUCCGCUGAGCACGCCGCUGAGCUCGGCGUCGUCGGAUUUUUUAAACGAGCUAUCGCAGUGGGGUGACAUGGAGGCGGAAAUGACAGCCCCAGAGCCACCCCCGACAAAGACCCUACGACCGGAGGAAUCCCUGUGUCCCAUGUGCAAGCAACCAGUCGACCCAGGCCUCCUACUCACCUUCCUCGAGCAGCCGCGCCAGCGCAUCCGGGACCAGAAACAGUUCUGCGAAUCGCACCAGAGCGACAGCGCCGAGAAGGAGUGGACUGAAAAGCGGUAUCCUACCAUUGAUUGGGCCAAUUUUGACGAACGCCUGGAGGGGCAUUUUGCUGAUCUUGAGCGUCUUCUGGCGCCUGAUAGCACGUCCUACUAUCGGAAUUUAUUGGAUAGUGAGCUUAAGUCUGGCCAGGCGAAGAAUUUUCGUCUGACGCUGGAUGGGAGUGGGUUGGAGAAUAUGUCUUGCGGGUAUUAUGGGACGCGCGGUGCUGCCAAAAUGCUACAAGCAGUGACCACCCGUUUCUCUCGCAAACUCCGUCGUCUCGCCGCCGACGACAACAUCGUCAAGAAAGCCGGCGUCGUGCCCUACGCGCAGGCCGUUCUCGUUCCAGAGCUCGCGAUGCGACUGGUCAAGGAAGAUAUGGGCGUCGACGACGACGCUGCCAGAGUGAUCAUCCGCGAGAGUAUCGAGAUUGGUGAGAAGGUGAACUUUGAACCUAACGACACGGUACCGAUUCCUGCAGAAGAGCAGGGCGGGAUGGAAAUAGAGUGAUCUAUCUACUUUCACUGGGUUUUAUCCUUUCGAUAUUUUAUCUGUAUAUAACAGCGGAGUACUUGAUACCUGUGCUUAUGAAUGACGAUUCUCC